AUGUCAAGCUCGUCUGACACUCUACAGUUUCGUUUCCCCACCCACGGUGACUCCAUCCUCAGCAAAAUGAAUGCUCUAAGAGAGGAGCGGCGCUUUUGUGAUGUCAUGCUCCUCCUCGGGGGUCCACGAGGCGCCACUGUCCAGCCUCUCCCCUUCCCUGGUCACAGAGUGGUGCUUGCAGCGUCCUCAGACUUCCUCCGUGACCAGUUCCUGCUCCACGAAGGCCUGGCUGAGCUGAGUGUGGGCGUAGUUUCCCGUGUUGAGGUCGGACAGAGACUCCUCCUGUCCUGCUACACCGGACACCUAGAGGUCCCUCUGAAAGAGCUGGUGAGCUACCUGACUGCAGCCAGUGCACUUCAGAUGACUCAGGUGGUGGAGAAGUGUGCCAAGGCUGUCUCCCAGUACCUCAGUCCCACGCUGGCUUUCUUAAAACUGGAGAGACAGUCAGAGGAAAAGAAAGUCCAUCAGCCAUGCAGCCUCAAAAAUCAAGGGGAAAGGGAUGCAGCCCAGCCCAGCACCAGCAAUCAGGAAGCAAGCACUGAUGAGGGGCGAAAGGUCAUGAUUCAGUCCAAGUCGACUGUCAGCCAAGGAGCCGAGGUGGAUAGUCAAGCACUGAGGGAGGUCAGUGAUGAUAGGAGGGUGGUUAUAGCAAACAUAGAGCUAUCUGAAGAUGCAGCAUGUUGUCUCCGGUCACAGGAAAGUGGAGAAAUCCAGCCAUUUUAUCAAGAUCACCACAUUACAGACGGCCUUCGAUGUACGCUGCACCCCCCUUCAGCUGUCCGAGAUCAUAUAUCCUCCCCAACCAGAGGAAGCUCUGGUCAACACGGAGAAUUGGUGGACAGCUCCCAGGACCGAGACGAAGAAGCGGGGGAAGAGCAAAGAGAAGAGGAGGAAAUGUAUUUAGUGGCAGCUCAACUCCAAGAAUGUGGGGAGCUGAUGGACUCCAAUGUAUUUUGCCUCUCCAGAGCACAUCUGCCAACGAGCCGCAGUUCUGGAGAUGACCUGACAGAAGCUUCAGACGGCAUAUCGGUCCACAGGCCGUACCUGUGCAGGAGGUGUGACAGAGUCUUCCAGCACCUGGAGAGCUAUGUGGGCCACCUGAAGGAGCACAGGCAGUACUUGUGUUUGGUCUGUGGGAGAGGCUUUUCCCAGAAGAGUAACCUGAGCCACCACAUACGAGUCCACAGUGGUGUCAAGCCUUUUCGGUGCCCGCUGUGCCACAAGACAUUUUCCCAGAAGGUGACGCUGCAAGACCAUCUCAAUCUGCACACAGGGGACAAGCCCCACAAGUGUAACUACUGUGCUGUUCACUUUGCUCACAAGCUAGGUCUCAGGCGCCACCUAAAGGACAUUCAUGGUAAAAGUAGCCUGCAAAACAUGCUUGAGGAGGCUGUGGACUCGUAA